AUCUUGCAAACUUGUCUAGUUUGCAGACUCUUGACUUGAGCAAUAACCAAUCUGUUCUCAGGGCCAGCACCCUUGAUUGGCUUUCGGGUCUCUCUUCACUGAAAGUCCUCGAUCUGAGUACUGUAUAUCUUGGCGACGUAGUUAACUGGCUAGAUGCAGUCAACAUGCUACCUUCUUUGGUAGAGUUGCGUUUAGUCUCUUGUCAACUUCAUAGCCUUCUACAAUCUUUGCCAUCUUUGAAUUUUUCUUCUCUAGAAGUCCUUGACCUUUCCUACAAUGGCUUUUAUCAUUCUGAGAUUCCGAAUUGGUUGGUUGAGGUUAGCCAUACUCUUAGUCUUCUUAAUCUCACAACUUGCUCGUUGCAAGGUUCCAUUCCCCAUACCAUUGUGAAUUUUACAUCUCUUGUUGUGCUUGAUUUCUCAUUCAACUAUUUCAAAGGUUCUAUUCCUCAUGGUUUUGGGAACAUGACUUCCCUUGCUGUUAUGGAUCUCUCAUUCAAUGAUCUUGAAGGUCCAUUACCAGCAACCUUAGGUCUGAUUCAGGAAUCGCACCACUUCAAACAUUCACCCUUGCGAGAACUUCGUGUUUCCAACAAUCAUUUGUUGAAUGGGUCUUUAGAAAGAAUGCUUCCUCAACUUUCAGAAUUAGUUGUGCUCGAUGUUGCUGGGAAUUAUUUGAAUGGUGUGAUCACUGAAGCUCAUUUACAGAAUUUCAGUAGAUUGAAGGUACUUGACUUGUCAUUCAACAGGUUAAUUUUAAACCUGAGCUCAAACUGGAUUCCUGAUUUUCAACUUGAGUCCAUAAAUUUGGGAAGUUGCCAAAUGGGCCCACGAUUUCCCCAAUGGUUCCAAAACCAAAGCAGAAUUUUGAAACUUGUUGUGUCUGAUGCAAAUUUAUCAGACACAGUACCUGAUUGGUUUUGGGAUAUUUCUCCAUCGAUGGAAUAUUUGGAUCUUUCUUUCAACCAGCUUAGAGGGGAGUUACCUAAUUUAUCAUCACGAGCGAGUUUGUUGACAUUGGUUUUAAGUGGAAAUGAAUUUGAGGGUCGCCUGCCUCAGUUCCCCCCAGCAAUAGAAAUUCUACAAUUAGACGACAAUCAAUUUUCAGGACCAAUUUCUCCCAUAUGUGAUAUGAUGAAUAAAAGUAAUGCAUUACGUCACGGAAAUAAUCUGUCAAGAAGCCUUUCAGAUUGUUGGAUAUAUGGGCAAAAUUUGGUUUUUCUUCAUUUAGGAUUCAACCAAUUGUCUGGUCAAAUCCCUGAGUCAAUUGGCCAUCUAAUUAACCUCAAAUCGUUGUUUUUGAAUUAUAAUAGCUUGUCUGGAGAGAUACCUCAAUCCUUGCAGAACUGCACAAGUUUGAUUCUGCUGGCUUUUGGGAACAAUUCACUCUCUGGGAGCAUACCGACAUGGUUGGGGGAAAGUUCUGAGAAUCUACAUACGGUUACGUUACAUCACAAUGCUUUCGAAGGAAAUAUACCAGUGCAGCUUUGCCAAUUGAGACACCUAACUUACUUGGACUUGUCUUUUAAUUCAUUAUCAGGAUCAAUUCCACCGUGCAUCGAUCAUUUUCUUCCAAUGGCUGAGAAAGAAGCUGAAAAUGCUCAUGAAGAUUAUUCUCUAUAUACAAAUGAUGAACUAAAACGCCAGAUGUGGAAGUCACAAGGUCGAUAUCACUCCACCAAGAGUAUGGAUCUUUCACAUAACAUGCUAAGUGGGGAGAUCCCAAGAGAAGUUACAACCCUAAUUGGAUUGAAGCGUCUGAAUCUUUCCAACAACUAUCUGAAGGGAGCUAUUCCUUGCGAUAUUGGGGCCAUGAAAUCAUUGUAUUAUCUAGAUUUAUCAAACAAUCGGCUUUCUGGCACAAUUCCUCCCAGCGUUUCAAAUCUAACUCAUCUUGAAGAAUUGAAUUUGUCAUAUAACAAUUUGUCUGGUAAAGUUCCCUCACCCAAUAAUUUUAGUGCAUAUGCAUUCAUUGGCAAUCAUAACCUGUGUGGUCCUCCACUUGCAAAGAAUUGCUCUGCAAAUGAAUCAUUCGAAGAAACAGAAUGCAGAGCUAACAGGAAAUCAAAAGGCCAAAAUGAUGGAAUUCAAGAAAAGGAACAUAGGCAUGGAUUUGACCCUUUCAAGGAGAAGCCUUCAUUCUACAUCAGCGUGGCUAGUGGAUUUUUUACAGGGUUUUGGGGAUUUUGGGCUACUUUAGUCUUCAACGAGUCAUGGAGGAAAGCCUACUUCCGUUUCUUGGGCAACAUGGGCGACAGAAUUUAUGUGUUUGUGGUAGUGACAACAGCUAGGCUGCGAAGGAAAUUUCAGAGGGAACAAGCUGUGGAGUAAGAGUUCAGAAGGGAAUUGAGAAAUAUUUCAUUGGAAGAAAUGACAGUGGAAUAACAGCUCGCUUCAAUCAUGGGGAUCAUGCAACUAUGCCAAAUA